UCAGUACAAACUUGUACACAAGAACCGAAUACAGGUGACGGAGCCGAAGAGCAGAAGAAGCCUCUGGUGGAUCAAACUCAAACUCAAAUCACUCGGACUAACCUCCUGCUUUUUUUUUUAUUUCCACAUUUUCUUUGGAUCUCAACGCAAGAUAAACCUGCCAACAUGCCAGUGUCACGGAUGAGAAUGAGGCCAUGGCUGGAGAAGAUGAUCGACUCCCAGAAGAUCAAGGGCCUGGCAUGGAUAGACAAUGAUAGAACAAUGUUUUCCAUCCCCUGGAAACAUGCAGCUCGCCACGGCUGGGAGCUGGACAAAGACGCGUGUCUGUUCAAGGAGUGGGCGAUCCACACAGGGAAAUAUUCGGAGGGCAAGGUCAAAGACCCGAAGACUUGGAAGGCCAACUUCCGCUGUGCGAUGAACUCGCUGCCUGACGUGGAGGAGGUGAAAGGCAUGAGCGUCAACAAAGGCCACCAAGCCGUGCGUGUCUUCAGGAUGCUGCCAUGUGCACAGAAAUCUCGAGGUGAGACAGGAAACAAACAAAGAAAAGCGAAGGAGACGAGGCAAAAGAAGAAGAGUCCUGUGGUCAAGACAGAGGAAUACACAGACGACAGUGACACUCAGUCGCCCGUGAACGAGCAGGACGACUCCACAUCCUUUCAGGAGAACACAGUGGACAGCACAGUGCUGUCAGAGCCAAAUGACUUCCCCUUCUUGGCGGCAUCUGAGGUGCCGGAGUUCGCUCAAUCGGUUGAGAUCGGCCCCGAAAGCUUCUGUCACAGAUUUGAAGUUUCACCCGACCAUUUAACCGACUACGACGAGGAUAUUAUCGAGAUUUGUCGACAAAUGGAGAAAGAGACACCGUUUUUCGCGUUUGGCAGUUUAGGGAGCAACGGAUUCCCGAGCAGUACGACAUGCACCAGUCCAGGGAGCCAGUGGAGUGAUUCCUCUUCAGAAACGGAGGAGAAUGUACAGUACACCACGUUGGGCACAGACUUCUGGGCGCCCUUUAGUAAUGCGUUCGAUCCAAUUCUCUGAGACGUCCUGCACAGCAACAGGCAGCGCCAUUGACACUUAAAGACUUUCAAACUGAUGGGAGUCUCCCUCCUCUCAGCUCAGCCCGUCUCUCACAUCCGUCUGAUGUCCACACCUGGAGCUGGACCCUCCUCCCUUGUUUGAAUACUCAAGCCGUCAUUUGUGUGAAGAAGUUAACAAGUGCAUUGAAAGGACCUGAAAUGUUCACGAUGUUUUUGGCUGGUUCAAAACAUUUUGUCGCUCAGGUUUUGGUUUUUCUGUGAAGAUA